GAAAAGAUAUAUUAACUCUUAGAUAGUCUCUAUAAUUAAUGAUAAACAACACCAUCAGCAUCAAUCUUCUCUCUUAAACCAACAAAAACUAUAUGGAUUCCCAAACCACAUUCGGGUCUUCCUCCGACACUAGUCGUCGUGGCUGGUGGUCACGACCAAUAGUUACAAUACCAGCAAGUAAUGAUCGUGACCCCACUUUCAAGGAAUCUGCGGUUGUAUAUUCACCCUUGCUCGCCGGCUUAUCCACAACCGUCGCCAUAUUCUUGAUCUUGUCAUUCAUCGACAAAGCUCACCCUCACCCGAAAUUCUCCAUCCAAUCCGUCGCUGUCUCUCAUUCUACUGCCACAUGUCACGUCGACUUCCUCGUAAAAAAUCCUAGCUCGAGAUAUUCUAUAUAUUACGACACUGGUGAUGCUUCUCUGAGGCUCGGUCAUAUAAACAUCGAUGUUUUUAACGUCACUCGUAAACGUAAUUACAGAGACCACACGGCUUUCUCGUUGGACUUCACUGCUGGAGAGGUAAAUGGAACCGACGUUGGUUCCCGAGAGCUUCAUAUCAAACUCGGGGGGAAGCACAAGCGUUGCGUAGCUUGUGAUGAAGCUGGGCAUUUUGAUCUCUUUUCACAUUCUGUCUCCGUCUCAAACGCAAAGGUAAAUGCAAACAUCUCAACCGCUGAUUGGAGAAUCGGUUUGGUUGCGAGGAGUCCGGUCACUGGCUGCGAAAUAUCUUUCCAUGCAAUCAAGUCUCGUCUCCUUCGCGGAGACGAGGUUGUGUCCGAGACAUCUCCGUCGUUGGAUGACUUCGGACAGCUUGUUACCUCAGAAGAAAACGAUGGACCGAUCACAAGUGUUGAUUUCAAAGCGGUUGUAACGCCGGGAAUUAUAGGCGAAGUGGUUAGAGGUUACCGGGUGGAGAUUGCUGCCGGAGUGAGUUCUGGUUUCUUGAUGGUGGUGUGCGACGAUCUACCGGUUAAAUUCACGGCGGAUCCAGCGGGAAAUGUUAUUGGAUCAUUACUAGGAAAUAUGAAACGGUGUGACUUUGUAUACGGAGAUAACUUGAAUAUUCGUGUUUAGAUCUUAAACUGUUAAUCCUCCGCGAUCAUGAAUCUUUGAUCUCUAUCUACAAGUUAUUGGCUUUAUGUUAUUUGUAUUUUUAUUUGUUAUUUUAGUGAUCCUCUAUCUCUAGAAAUU